AGCCCGGCCACCUCCGGCCUGAGCCACGCGGUCUCCCAGGCGGGCCGGGGCUCGGGCCCGCAAAGCGCGAUGGUGACUUGGCGGCGGGACGGCCGGCUGACGGGCAGCCAACGGCUGCUGUGCGCCGGGCUGGCGGGGGCGCUGAGCCUCAGCCUCACCGCGCCGCUGGAGCUCGCCACCGUGCUGGCCCAGGUCGGCGUCGUGCGGGGCCGCGCCCGGGGGCCGGGGGCCACGUGGCUCCGGGUGUGGCGGGCCGAGGGGCCCCGGGCCCUGUGGAAGGGGAACGCGGUGGCGUGCCUGCGCCUCUUCCCCUGCAGUGCCGUGCAGCUCGCCGCCUACCGCAAGUUUGUCAUGCUGUUCACUGAUGACUUGGGCCAUAUUUCCCAGUGGAGUUCCAUCAUGGCUGGGAGUCUUGCAGGCAUGGUUUCCACCAUUGUGAUAUAUCCUACAGACCUCAUCAAAACCCGGUUGGUUGUACAGAACAUGCUGGAACCAUCUUACAGGGGGAUCCUCCAUGCUUUUUCUACUGUUUAUCAACAGGAAGGAUUCCUGGCCCUUUAUCGAGGAGUUUCCCUUACUGUUUUAGGUGCUCUCCCCUUCUCUGCUGGCUCCCUUCUCGUUUACACGAACCUGGAGAAAAUCUGGAAUGCACCCCAAGAUCGGUUCUCUCUCCUCCAGAACUUUGCCAAUGUCUGCCUGGCUGCUGCAGUGACCCAGACCCUCUCCUUUCCCUUCGACACAGUGAAGAGAAAGAUGCAGGCUCAGAGCUCCUACCUUCCCCACUGUGGAGGAGUAGAUGUCCAUUUCUCAGGAGCAGUGGACUGCUUUCGGCAGAUAGUGAGGACCCAAGGAGUACUGGGGCUCUGGAAUGGAUUGACAGCCAACUUACUGAAGAUAGUUCCAUAUUUUGGAGUUAUGUUUGGUACCUUUGAAUUCUGCAAGAGAGUCUGUCUUUACCAAAAUGGUUACACUGUGUCUCCUCUGAGCUAUAACUUGACCCCAGGAGUGGAUCAGAGUUUGAAGCCCCAGGAAUUACGCGAAUUAAAAAAGUUCAAAACUGGAAAACUAAAGUCUAAAAAACCAACUGUUUAAAUGGAACUGGAAGUGCACAGACUGAAGGUGUGUUGCAGUCACAGAUAAACGUAGCCUCCUAAUUGUGCAUGUGUGGAGUAACGAGAAGGUACUCCUGUCUGCUGCUAUUGGAAAUGAGAAGAUUCAGCCAUACACCACCUCUGAGCUUCAAACUGAUGUCCCUGUGAACACAUGCCCCACAAGAUUUCCCAACAUGACCAUCUCAUAACUGACAUAACACCAGAUUUUACAACAAAACCUAGCAGUAAUGAAAUGUACAGUUUACACCCUGAAUGCAAACCCGCAGUUGACGUGACACCAGAGAAAGGGCAUUGCCAUGACACCUCAAAGCAGCCUGUAGUUGAAGUGGCUGAGCAGAUAGCAUGGCGUGAGCUCUGCCACAGGGUAACAGCUUGCACUAACCCACAUCAGUCUCAUUUUGUUCAGUUUGACCUGAGACUUCCCAAUACAGUCGAUCUGGAACUCGUAAUCUUUGCUGACUUCUGAAUGUACAUACAACAGUGUAAAUUAUGCCUUAUUAGAAACUAAAUGAAAACAUGUAACAUUUAAAAGUUACCAGGAUCAUAGUAGAACCAUCCUUCUUUAUUUAAAUUUUAAGCAUGCCAGGAUUAGGUAUUUCAGGAAUCUCAUAUUUCAGGGAAGUGAUUUUGACCAUGACUGCAUGCCCCAAAAGACCUUAUUCCAUUUGAAAUCAUGUACAGUUCAAGUAGCCUGAAUUCAUGCCUUUUUAAAUUGCUUUGCAAACCUACCCUGAAAAUCAAUCACCUAGUCAACUUAAGUUAUUCCCACAAGAUGUCCCAGUUGACUAGAAAGAAUCAAAUAGGACCUUUGACACACCUACCAAAAAAAAAUGUAACUGAACAAAAACAUUUCAGACUCAUCUCUACUAGGUUUUUUAAAAGUCAGAUUUUGGACUAUUUCACCUUGGGAACUCUGUGUCAAGUUUAUAUAACUACUUUCAGAUGGUGCCUAUCUGUGCAUUAAAAAACUAUCUUCUAUUAAGUUGUUAAUUUAUAUAUACACACAUAGAUACUUUCAGUAUGUUGAAAGUACUUUACCCUAUUAAAUCUAAUUUCCAAAGAAAAAUGUUAUGUUACUCUUUCAUUACAAAUCUGAUUUAUAAAAUUAUGGUUAAAUAAUCAAAACCGAAAGUUUCUGUGAUAUGACUGCCCUUGCACUGUUCACCAUGUAAGAACUUGUUCGUUAUUCUUCAGAAGAUUGGAGACUGUUGAGAAUUAGGCUUGGGGUUGAUUAAUGAUUGUGCAUUGAGUCCCCUAUACAGAAUUCUAUUGUUGUUAACAACCAUUUGAUCAAUAAAUAUGAGAGAUGCCCUCUCAAAAAAAAAAAGAAUGUGCAUCAAUAUGUUACCUCUGGUGAAGAAACUGGACUUAGAAGAACUUUUACUUCCUAUGCUAUACAUUUCUGUAAUUAUGACUUUAAUAGCAUGUAUUACUUUUAGUAUUAAAAAUUAAAUAAAAAUAUAUUUAAAAAAGAAAAAAAACUAUGGUUAAAUAUAUACUGGCCAAAAUCUUUAAACUCUCAGAGAUUUAUCCUAUUAAAAUAUACCAAAAUAACUCAUUUUUCCAACUGCUAUGGCAGACUGUUUUACAGACAAUAUCAUUCAACACACAUGUGAAAAUCUAAUCUGUAGUCCAAUCUGUUAGCAUUUGUAGGGUCACAGAUUGUUACCCAGAGUGCAUAGUUCAUGGCUGUUACUCUAGUUUCCCUGAGGUUAACAACUUUUUGUAAAAGUUCUGAAAACUGCAAAAAAUAUAUUUUUUUUUUUACUAAAUCUAAAAUCCUAACCUCAGGUUACUUACAUCAUAUUAAUAUCUCCUGAAUAUCUUCUGCAAGUGUUGUGAGAUAGAUAGCUAAGCUCUUGCUACUGCCACACACACGAAUGUUUUCUGAACUCCAGUUGGAUUAUUUUUUUCAAUAAAGUAAGUGGAAAAAAGGA